AUGACCGCACCUGCGAACCCUGUCUCUCGGCACAAAUUUACGAUUCUGCCGGAAUACUUCAUAGACUACUGUAAAAAAGCCGAUGACAGUCCCGGAGGCAAAGCGACGACGCAACCUGGCCUAGGUCUGAUUGACAAGGGUUUUGGAGACAUGAUCCAACGUCAGGAAAGCGGGGAUACUAAGCCAUGGGAUCGUUUCGCGGCACACGUCAACCGACUCAACGAUGAAAGUCCCGAUGGGGUGGAUUACAAAGUGCUUUACCUAACCAGGCACGGCCUCGGGUACCACAACGUCCAGGCGGCCAAGGUUGGGACGACAGAGUGGGAUAGAUAUUGGUCACGACUUGACGGCGAUGGGGUCGUCACAUGGCUCGAUGCAGAGCUUGUCGAUACAGGCAUCACUCAGGCCAGAGACCUGGGUGCUUUCUGGAAGGCUGCUACAGCUGCUGAAGGAGUUCCCUUUCCAGAGUCAUUCUACACGAGUCCCCUUCGGCGUUGCCUCGAGACUAGCAAGCUUGUCUUUGGCGAUCUAGUCGAGAGUAGAGGCCAGGAGUUCAGGCCUAUUAUCAAAGAAGGACUGAGAGAGCGUAUGACUGAUCAUACUUGUGAUAAGAGGAGUUCAAGGACUUGGAUCGAAGGAGCCUAUCCCAAGUACAUCAUCGAACCUGGCUUCACCGAGGAAGAUCAGCUGUGGAAGGCAGACCAGUUUGAAACCACGGAGAGUCAUGUCACAAGGAAGCAGCAAGUUCUGGAUGAGAUCUUCUCCACCGAUCCCAGCCACUUUGUGUCAUUGACCGUUCACUCUUAUGCCAUAGCUGCCAUCUUGCGGGUUGGGGGGCAGGAAGAGUUCCGGGUUCGAGAGGGCUCCAGCAUCGCAGUGCUUGUCAGAGGAGAAAGACUUACGACUUCAACAUGA